UCGCUCCGGUUUAAACCGUUGUCCCCGCUACCAUUCCAUCAGAGGCGCUUCAUCACUCCUCCAUCCACCUGUCACUCCCUCCCUGCGACCGUGGAAAUAAGACGGUUUCUUUCAUUUAAUCACCUUUUACAGAAAACAAACCAAAAAAUGGCGAGCAGCUUCUCGAGAAUCCUGUCCUCCAAACGGAGAAUCGGUGUCCUGACGUUCGUGGGUGGCUCAGUAACGGCUGGACUCCUGCUCCACCGGGAACAUGUCAGCGCAGGAAACCCCGUACGCAGGAGCUACCCGGCCAGUGCGGAGUACCCUGACCUGCGCCAGCACAACAACUGCAUGGCCACUCACCUGACACCUGCCAUCUACGCCAAGCUGUGUGAUAAGGCCACUCCCAACGGCUACACGCUGGACCUGGCCAUUCAGACGGGCGUGGACAACCCGGGGCACCCCUUCAUCAAGACCGUGGGCAUGGUGGCCGGAGACGAGGAGUCUUACGAGGUAUUUGCAGACCUGCUGGACCCCGUCAUCAGAGAGAGGCACAACGGGUACGACCCCAGCACCAUGAAGCACCCCACCGACCUGGAUGCCAGCAAGAUCCACUCGGGCAACUUUGACUCGCGUUACGUGCUUUCGUCCAGGGUGAGAACGGGCCGCAGCAUCCGAGGGCUGAGCCUGCCGCCCGCCUGCACCCGGGCGGAGCGCAGGGAGGUGGAGCGGGUGGUGGUGGACGCCCUCGCCGGCCUGAAGGACGACCUGGACGGGAAGUACUACAGUCUCACUCAGAUGACCGACAAGGAGCAGCAACAGCUCAUUGAUGACCACUUCCUGUUCGACAAGCCGGUGUCCCCCCUCCUAACGUGCGCAGGCAUGGCUCGUGAUUGGCCUGAUGCCCGCGGUAUCUGGCACAACAACGAGAAGACCUUCCUGGUUUGGGUCAAUGAGGAGGAUCACACCAGGGUCAUCUCCAUGGAGAAGGGAGGGAACAUGAAGAGAGUCUUUGAGAGGUUCUGCAAAGGCCUCAAGGAGGUGGAGCGUCUGAUCCAGGAGAGAGGCUGGGAGUUCAUGUGGAACGAGAAGCUCGGUUACAUCCUCACCUGUCCCUCCAACCUGGGCACCGGGCUCAGGGCCGGGGUCCACGUCAAACUGCCCCUGCUGAGCAAGGAUCGCCGCCUCAGUAAGAUCCUGGACAACCUGCGUCUGCAGAAACGAGGGACUGGCGGCGUGGACACCGCUGCUGUGGGCGGUGUGUUCGACAUCUCCAACCUGGACCGCCUGGGCCUGUCUGAGGUCCAGCUGGUGCAGACAGUGGUCGAUGGCGUCAACUACCUGAUCGAGUGUGAGAAGAGGCUGGAGAAAGGCCAGGACAUCAAGGUGCCCCCCCCCCCCCUUAAAAAAUUCAAGUAGAAAUAAUCCCCGCCCCCCCCCCCCCCCCCAACCCUCUGGGCACACACACAUGCACAAACCCCCCGCUCUGUGCCCAUAGAUAUUAUAAGUAUCAAUGUCAUUGCCUCCUUUAUUACCACUACUUACCUAAUCAACCCUCCCUGCCCCACAGUGUACCUCUACAUGAUAUAAUCUACAUAUAUUAUACGCAGCUAUCUAUCUGGCUCAACCAAACCAGAGUCCCAGAAUACUGCUUCGGGCUUUAGUGUGUUUAAGAUGCAUCUGAAAGGUUUUUAUCUUUAAACGUUAGCGAAGGAUGCACAAACUGUAGGCUGCUGCAGCGGAGCAAAUAUGGCCGCCAGUUUUGCCCGUCUCUGCAUGGUCAAACGGUUUCUUUGGCUCUGCUCCCAAAGCACUCCUCAGCCCACUGAACCUGGCUUCACCUCGCCUCGGCCCCUUCCUGCAUGUCCUGUACUCAGCCUAACUCUCCCCCUCACUCCUGUGUGAUGAUCGGUCAUUCCUACUCUCUAGUGCUUGUGUCGUCCAUCCAUUUGUGCUCCACUCUUUACAUUCUUCUCACCAUUUCGAGUGGAUCUGAAUGUAGAUUAACAGGGUAAGACUGAAGAGACUUGUGUUCUUCAGAGGAUUUGUAUGCUUGAUGACACACUGGUGUCAAAAUGUAAUGUUAUUACAACACACACUGGCUGGGCUGGGUUAAGUACUGUAAGCUACUAAAGCAAUAUCAUUCGAGCUCAUCGUGAAUGUCACACUGUAAUGUCUUUUAUUAAAGAAACCAUCUAUUUAACAGAA